AUGUACAACGUCGGCCCGGGUGCCCGUGUGGCAGCCGCCAAGGACUGGCAGACCGGUCGAUCUUUCACGUUGCUGGACUUGAGCAGGGAUCGGAUGACGAGCCUACUGGACAGCGAAGGCGACGUGCGAGAGGAUGUGCAGGUCACCGACCACUGGUACCACCUGCUGGAGGGUCCCUUUUCGCAAGGGGCCAACAUCACCUUGGUCAUGCUACAGGUCUGGCCGGGCCUGGACGAAGUCGUCUUCGACAUGCUGAUCGACCUGGAUUGA